UAUAUUAUACACCCUCACCCACCCAUAGUCGGUGGCAACUGAAUUUAUAUUUGUUUUUUUAUUAGUAGUGGGAAUUAAAUUUCUGUUGAUUUCUAUCCUGCAUAUCAGAUAGCAUGUGUGUAUCUUAUUUGAGUCGGAUUCAAAUAUUUGUCUUUGAUGUAGAUCUUCUGAUGAAUCCUUGUUGAUGGCAAGGAACAUACUACAUGGCCAAAUAAAACGGGUUAAGCUGAAUCGGCCCAGCCACCUUCCUUAUCUCAGCGAUUUUUUCUGCACCUCUGGUCAUACUCCGGGCGAUCCGGACGAACAAGUUGGUAUCACCAAAGGGAAAGCUAGAGCAAAAACGAGGAAGGAAACCAUGAAAGGCAAUGUAUCAGCGGCCACUGUAAUUAAAAAUAGUAGCCAUCGCGACGGGUCUAUAUACAAGAACUCUUGUCUCGACGUAUGUCGUGUUAAAAACCGUGCUGAGAGUAAGUGAUGCAAAUCUCUUUCCUGUAUUGCUCAUAUUUGACAAAUUUGAUGACACAUCGAUUAGAAGUUUGUGGCUCAAUCAAAUGAAGGAUAAAUGGUCAACUAUAAGAUUUAUGUGUGAGCAUUACUUUCUAAUAUCGUAAGGUAAAAUGGCUGGCUAUAUAGAAUAUGUUUAGCUAUAUAUUUAAAUGUAAUCAUUUGUGUUGGUAUUAUAGAAUGUGGCCAUCCUUAUUAUUAACAAAUUUUCGACUUGGAGAAAAUUCAUAAAAGUAUAUAUAUUUUUAUGUACUACUUCCUCAGUUGAAAUCGUUUGAGCGUCAACUCAUAUGGGACAGAGGGAGUAUUAUAUAUUGUAGUACUUUCUGGUCACAUUAAAUUGAUGAAUUAAUAUGUCUCCCGUAAUAUGUUUAGCUAUGUAUGGACUACUGUUAUUAUAAGAAUCUUUUUUGCUUUGUCAAAUAGAUUCAUUUUUUAGAUGUUUUUUGGUCGAUUAUUGCAUAAUGCAUGUAUGUUUGAUUAUAAGAUUUGCAUGUGAGUACUAAUUAGUGUGUAUAUGGUUAAUGAAUAAGUCUCAUGUAAAUAGAAUAUAUUUAGCUGUGUAUUCAAUAAUUAUACUGUAUGGUUAAUGAACACAUAAAGGAUGCAUGGUCAAUGUUAAGAUUUGUCUGCUCAGUAAUUUAGUUAUAAACUCCGUAUGUAAUAAUUAUUGUUGGUAUUGUAAUUGUUGUAGUUUUAAGAAAUGUUGAAAUUGGGGAGAAUUCAUAGUUUUCUAUUAUUUUUUGCAAAGUAUUAUAUUUUGUAAUAGAAUUAUAUUGUUUUUCUAAAUCACAUGAAUGAAUAUGUCUCACAUAAAUAGUGUAUUUUAGCUUUGUAUGUGUUUACUAGUCUUGGCAUUAUAACAAUCUUGAUUUUCAUCAACGUCGGAAUUGGGCUAAUUUUUUAUUAUUUUUAUUUUUAUUGUAUUAGCUUUUUUUUCUUAGCAAUAUAAGUUUUUUCUUUGUAAAUCACAUGAAUAAGUCUAAUGUAAUCUUGUGUUUUUGUACAAAUGCAAAUGUAGAUUAAGAAAUUAUGAGUUGCGGAUAAUGGAUUGUUUUGGAGAAUUCUAUUAAAUACAAGUUCAACCUUCUUUUAAACACAUUUCUUUGUACACUAAUUCUGUGAUGAUAUUUGAUUGGUCUAUUUCUUCUAUUGUUUUCCAUAUAAUUUUUUAUUAGACAUUUUCUCUAUUUAAUAUAAGUUUCUAUCUAUAAAUCAUAAUUAUACCAUUUAUGGUCUAAUUUUUGAAUGAAGCACAAUUGGAGCCAAUGAUGUUAUCAGAUCCUGUUGAUUGCUUUCCUGAUCGGAGAAGGUGUUGUCUUCAUUUUGUAUCUGACAUGAUGCAAAUUUUCUCACUAAAAUUGGCUAAAGUUCCCAACCACACAAGUUCGAUACAAUUAUAUGGAUAUAUAGCAGCACGGGAUUUUCUGGAUAACUCACUUAAUUACAUUGUCAAUCAUAGCAGGGACAAUUCCUUUACGGUGCGACAGGGUUCUCUCAUUGAGAUGACUGGCCCUAAGAGGGGCAUCACAAUGACCUGUGUUGUUCUAGUCGAGUAUGACAUGAGGGUCAAGAACGGAGAGCAAGAAGAAGAUGAUCUACAAUUAAUUGAUGGUGCAACAGACUUCAGUGAAGUAACCACACCUUCUGUUCCAUUCAUGAAUCGCAUUAAUGGCGAUUAUGGUGCUGUUGACAUCACUUUAGCACGCGUUGUCAAUGCAGUGGAGGCGACAAUAGAUGUUAUCAUAUCAGAAGUGCAGGGUGGAUUCAGUUUAUCUCUCAGUUCGUUUGUCAUUGUCGGUGGGGUCCGUCAGGGAAUUGAGCUGUUUCAUGAUAUUAUUGGUGAGUCAUGUGUCCUAACAAAAAGGCAUGUGAUUGCCGUAGAGAUGGAUGGUUGGAUGCAUUUGAAGCUCAAGGUAGGUCAGAAAGGCUUUAAAAAUGAUGAUCUGGAACGUUAUUGUCGCUUCAAAGCAGACAUCCAUGGAUGUGCACGUCGACAAAUAAUGCUUGAGCAUGCCUCUAUCUUGCUGAAGGUGACUUGGUCGACUCUGCCACCAUAA